AGGGAAAUUAGAUGUAUGGAUUUAGGUGGCGAAGCUCUCGGUUCUUACAAGGCUCGCCAAGGAGGCUGUACGCAUAUACAGGUGGGUGACGUUGACAGCUGUCGCAACUGUACUGGGUGUGGCAUGGAGUUUUCCAAAGUAAUGCUUCGCCAGAACGCCUACAUCGAGAUCAAAGGCCUCCCUUCCUAA